AUGCCUAACAGCGAAGAAAACGCAAGUGAUGAAACGAGUGCGCGUAACGAAGUGCCGUUUGCAGCUCACGCUAUCGCUAUCAAAAUACCGCCUUUCUGGCCCGAAAAAAUAUCCUUGUGGUUCAGGCAGCUCGAAGCACAAUUUUCAAUCGCGAAUAUAACUAGAGACUCAACGAAAUUCGGGUAUGUGCUCGCGAAUUUCGAGUCCAGAUACGUCGAGGAGGUCGAGGACGUAAUCGAAGAUCCUCCUGAAAGCGGCAAGUAUGAAGCCUUAAAAAUUUCUUUAACCAAAAGACUUUCCGAUUCUAGUAACAUGCGCGUCAGAAAGUUGCUUGAAGGCGAAGAAAUUGGAGACCGUAUAACAUCUCAGUUUCUGCGCCAUCUAAAGAAUCUCGCGGGUACAUCAGUAAAAGAAGAUUUUUCACAAAAUUUGUGGUUAAUGCGUUUACCAGUCUCCACGCAGCACGUCAUGGCCAGCAUGAGGGAUAAACCUUUGACAGAAAUGGCUGAAGUAGCUGACCGUGUUCACGAGAUUCGACCUGAAAAAGGUAAGAUACCUGCUGCGGCACAGGACAAUCCGCUCGCGACUCUCAAGGAAGAGUUGAUACAAUUGAUCAAAGCGGAGAUAAGCGCUAUCAACAAGCCACAAAAUCGUCGCGAACGUUCCCAGUCCCGUGGGAAAGGAUACUCGCGAUCUCGAAAUCAGUCUCUCAACUGCGAAAAAAUGGCAGACUCGGACAUGUGUUGGUACCAUUAUAAAUUCGCGGAAAAAGCUCACAAGUGCCGCGUACCAUGUGCAUAA